UGUGUCCCCAGUGGGCGGGCGUUGUCUGUUCCGUCAGACUGAGCCGAGCCCAGGGCAUGCAGUCUGCUAGGGACCUGUCUCGGGAGUUACCUCGGAGGCUAGUCAUGAGCUAACAAGUAUACAAUUUAGGUCUUCUCCCCCCCAAACGUAACCACUAUAGCCCAGCGUUGACGUCUGGAGGCAGUGCGAAGGAAUUGCAACCCCGCCUCAUUGCAGCUGGAGAAUCUGGUCAAUCUCGCUCGCUCCCUCUCCCCAUCCUCUCCCAGUAGUCCUACACACUUCCUGUCCAGAGCUUGAGCUCACCUCCUGUCCCCUGCUGCCAAGCGCUGGGUGAGCAGAGCCAUGGCCACCGCGAAGCCCAAGGGCCAGAACUCCCUGGCCCUCCACAAAGUGAUUAUGGUGGGGAGCGGUGGGGUGGGGAAGUCUGCCCUCACCCUCCAGUUCAUGUAUGACGAGUUUGUGGAGGACUACGAGCCCACCAAGGCGGACAGCUACAGGAAGAAGGUGGUCCUGGACGGUGAGGAGGUCCAGAUAGACAUCCUGGACACGGCAGGCCAGGAGGACUACGCCGCCAUCAGGGACAACUACUUCCGCAGCGGCGAGGGCUUCCUCUGCGUCUUCUCCAUCACCGAGCUGGAGUCGUUCGCCGCCACCGUGGACUUCAGGGAGCAGAUCCUGCGUGUGAAGGAGGACGAGAACGUUCCCUUCCUGCUGGUGGGGAACAAGUCGGACCUGGAGGACCGGCGGCAGGUCAGCGCAGAGGAGGCCAAGGCCCGCGCCGAGCAGUGGGGCGUCUGCUACGUGGAGACGUCCGCCAAAACCCGUGCCAACGUAGACAAGGUCUUCUUCGACCUGAUGAGGGAGAUCCGAGCCAGGAAGAUGGAGGACAGCAAGGAGAAGAACGGGAAGAAAAAAAGCAAAAGUUUGGCCAAGAGGAUUCGAGAGAGAUGCUGUAUUUUAUAGUGGCAAACGAAAGCAGCCCUGACUGUUUAAUUGUUUGUGUGUGUGUGUGUGUACGUACGGAUGUAUGUAUGUGUGCGUGUAUAUUUAUGCAUACAUACAUACAAUAUGUAUAAACAUACACAUACACACACACACAUACAUGUCUCAGACUUUUGCAUUUACUUUGUGCCCGCACCUGACAGCAACCUCCUCGUUCCUGGACCUCAGGGGGCCUGGGCCACGGCCUUCCAUUCAACGCUCCACCUCCCUGUUAAUGUGCUCACACUUCAGACGAUCAAUGUCACACCUCCAUUCUCUGUCUCUCCCUUACUCUCUCUGUCCGUCUCUUGAUUUCACUCUUUCAAUCUCGGUCGUUCUGCUGUCUCUGACUCCGUCUCUUAAACUCAUGUUGAGACGGGGUUUUCAUUUAGGGCAGACUUUUUGCCCCAGAAAAUACAGAUAGGGUUAUUCCCAAAUGUUGUUUUGGUCGUGUUAACAAUUUGGUGUGUAUUUAUCGAAUGUGUCUUAAGACCAGGUUAAAGUCAAAAGGGGUUAAAUUGUUGGUAGAGUUUGCUGUAGGAGGACAUUCGUACCUCGGCUUAUUUGCUCGGUUUAAGGCGUCUGUGUGUUUUUAGGUAGCUAGGGUCGUGUGACGUAAAGCCAGAGUUAUCCUUUUCAGUGCGACCUUUUAGAGCCGACAUUGCACUGAUGCAUUUUAAGAAGGAAAGAAGCGUUGAGUCCUUUAAGCUACCUGUGGUGUUGAAAUGCCAUUCCUAUAUUUUUAGAUAUCAAGUUUAUUAUGUGCUAUGGAUAUAUACACACUAACAUUAAAUCUAUUCACUUUUAUUUAGCGUUGAAUGAAUCUCAGUUGAAAGUAAGCACACUACUAACGUUUAUUCCCGUGGAGGGGAGACGCCCCCUCCAUUACGCAGCAAGGUUUGAGGUCUAGGAUGAAUUGUGACAUAUUUAAUUCUAACAUUUCAGUUUUUACCUCAACUGGUUGAGUAGAUUUCAUGGCGUUUUGUUUACAUCCUGAAGGUGCUCUGACGAAAAAACGAAUACAGAGUUGUUCACAAGUCUGACCGGGAAUAAUAUAUUGACAAAACAAUGUAAAAAUAUAUAUAUUUUCCGCCCCUUGCACUGAGUCGUCAUUGCUAACAACCCAAACGCCUCAUUUUAUUUCCUUUUGCAGAUGUUUCCUAAAAAUAUUUCACGGUAAAUCGGAAAUGCAAUGUCAAAUGAACAUGUCCUAUGAGUUAAGAUCUAUCUCUCCUGUCACAAAACCUCCUGUAACAUUAUAAUUGAAAGGCAUACCAAUGCAUCUUUUAAUUGAUAUGACACCCAGCUUUUGUUAUUCCUAAAUUCUGGUGAAAGAAAGCGAUGAGCAGAGGUUAAAAUGGUUCCAUUGCUUAACCAGGAAUUUCAAUUAAGUUUGUUUAAUUUGCUUAUCCAUGUGCGUAGUUGCCUUUUUGGCCACACUGAAUGUGAUUGACCUUCUCUGUUUUAAGCGUUCUGUCAGCAGGAUGCAUUGUCAGAGAGUCUAAAGGUUAUGCACAAGGUUAUGUUGGCGAGAAUAUCUGUUACACUUUGAAAGGUGCCCUUGUGUAAUUCCUCUGUAACCACAGCCCUCUCUGAAAUGGAUACUUCAAUGUGUAUUUAACAUGACCAAGACUUUGUGGUUUAAAUUUUAUCACAGAUGAGUGACUACUUAAAUAUAGUAAAAUCGAAUUGAACCCAAGUCUCAAACAAAGACUUUUUCUCCUCCUAAUCCCUCAUGUUAUCUCAUGGGGUGCACUUCAUUAAACAAGUGGUUUUCCAUACCAAUAACUGCCUGAUAAAAUAUAAUAUGUAAAUUAAACAUUUGAAUGGCACAGGCGAAGAGUCCAGAAAUUAUUUACAUGGAUUCCAGAAAAUUAUCAUGUAAAACAAAAUUCUCUUAUUUGGCAUGGCACAUGUCCCAUAUCAAUUAUAGAUCUAAACUCUUCAAAUUAUAUUAAAUGUUGUAGUUAUGGCCUGAAAUAAUUCCUUCCUAUUUGGCUACAUGGACGUCUAUUAAGUGUCAUCAAUCAUGUGCUAAGUAUUGUAUUUUUGCUCUCCCAGAUAGUUCAUAUUUAGAAGGACCUGAAGCCAGAUGUGUCAAUUGGUACAACCAAGAUGCAACAAUACUUGUAUAAAGGGCAGGUUACAAUGCAUUGUUUGACAUGACAGCUUCCUACCCUAUUAACACAAAUUUCAUGUAAAGAUUAAACGUAGUUAGACCAUUUGAUAAUUUGAUGCAAGAUUCAACUUAACCUUUUGUCAGACAUGUGUAUUUGUUGGAGCAAUGACUGUACAUUAUUUUGGUAACAUGAAUUAAAUUGCCUUUGACCUAACCUUAGGGACAUACAUUUUAGUUGUUUAGCCAAUGGCAUCUCAAUUUGUUAUUUUCUUUAUUUAAACCAAACCACUAAUGUAGCUUCUGUGUCGCAACAAAUGAAAAUAACAUUGAAUUCAUUUUGUGAGCUAUUUGCAAAUAACUAAUAAAGUGAAAAUUACUAAUAA